CGCGACUACGUUUGUAAAAGAUGGCGGCGCACAGCAAUAGGUCGUGUGUUGUGAAACAAACCAGUGAGUUGCGCCUGUAAAAGAUAAAGCGAUGAACACAUGUGGCAUCGAAAGUACUUAUAUAGUAAAAUGGCAUUAGAUAAUUGGAAGGCUGUUAAAAAGUGCUGAUAGUAUACAAGAGAGAAGAUGUUUGCACCUGUCUGGACUCGACUUCCAUGCACUGUCUGGUGUGUAUCAGUGCGAAGGACAAUAAGUCUAUUCUCCAGCCCAGUACCUUCAAACUGGACUAAAGUGGUGUCCGACGCCGAGAAGAUUGUGGGUUAUCCAACCUCUUUCAUGAGUCUCCGCUGUCUACUCAGUGACGAGUUCAGCAACGUCGCCAUGCAUGUUAAGAAGCUGGUCGGAAGCCAACACCCUCUACUUAACACUGCAAGAGGUUUUGUCUACGACAGCAGGAACAACCUUCAGAUGAGAGGACUGGUUGUCCUUCUUCUUUCAAAAGCCGCAGGACCCAGCCACGCGUCGUCCGAUCCAUCAGCUCAGGACAUGGUCAGCGGCAUCUACCCCAGCCAGCGCAAUUUGGCAGAAAUCACCGAGUUGAUUCACACGGCGUUCCUGGUGCAUCGCGGGGUGGUCAAUUUGAAAGAGUUGACGCCUUCCGACGGCCUGCUGAAGGACAUGGAGUUUGGCAAUAAAAUGGCCGUCCUCAGCGGAGACUUCCUUCUCGCAAACGCUUGCACCGGAUUGGCGCAGUUAAACAACACCAAGGUGGUCGAACUGAUUUCCGGUGCCAUCGGUGAUUUGGUUCAAGGAAUCUACUAUGAAAAUUCCAACACGUUUGAGGAGGAUCUCGUCAGCCCUGAAGUGGAUACAACAGCAUGGGAGGAGCAGACAUUCCUGUCCCACGGGGCGCUGCUGGCCAAGAGCUGCCAAGCUGCAAUGGAGCUGGCACAACAUGAUAACAAGUCCCAAAGACUGGCCUACAUGUACGGCAAACACCUGUCUUUAGGCCACCGGCUAAACUCCGACCUGCAACCAUUCGUGAAGAGUAACGUGGGAGAGCAGGUGUCUUUCAGUUUUAGCGCCGCCCCUGUGCUUUUUCACCGCCACAUUGUUGGCCCUGAGCGAUGGCAGCAGCAACUGCGACAGGCAAAAACAAUGAGGAAUCAACUGGAUUAUUCCGAGCUUUUGGCAGCGGUGAAGGCAGAGAAAGGCCUGAGCACGGCAAUCAACUUAUGCCGUUACCAUGGCAACAGGGCUCUGGAGGCCAUCCAGGCUUUCCCCUCAUCCGAGGCUCGAUGCGCCUUGGAAAACAUGGCCUGCGCCAUCACCAAAUUUUGAGAAGGGAGUCUCUCGAACGCACGCACACCCGCACACUUUUGAAGGUCCUUUUUUGCUGAGGCCAGCAAAGAAGAACCACAGGACACAAAACUGGACUUGGGAAAGCAAACCCAAGCAAAGCAGGUGCUCGCUCGCUCACUCGCUCAAUGAGGUAAAGUGUGAAUGUGCUGAACGGAAAAUAAAAACAUUUUAGGCUCAUGCUUUGAA